CGCAUCUCUCCUAGCAGCCACGCUGAAGCACAACGGGAGGAAACUGCGUAUCUGAACUGUCGGUUUAUAAAAUCUUCAUACCUUGUACAUUCAAGGCUUUGAGGUCUUUCGUUUGACUUAUUCGGAGCAUUUACAUUACAGGUUAGCCACUAUGGAGCUGUACAAUAAAGACACCUUUUCCGACGAUAUCCUGCCUGUUGUCAUAGUUGGUAAUGGACCAUCCGGGAUUUGUCUUUCUUAUUUGCUGUCGGGAUACACCCCUUACCUUUCCCCUGAUGGUUUCCAUCCCAACCCGAUUUUGCAUAACAAACUGACAAAGAACCCUCAUCUGUCUUUGUUUGACCAGGAUCUGGAGUACUUGUGUGAGGGUGUUGAGGGCCGCUCAUCCAACCCUGUGGCUGUGCUCUUCGAUGCCCUCCUACUUCCAGAUGGUGACUUUGGGGUGGAUUGUGCUUCUCCGCUGAUAUGGCGACAUGAGCCCGAAAGGGCCACACCCCACCUUGUACUUGGAAAAGGACCACCUGGAGGGGCCUGGCAUGCGAUGGAAGGCUCAAUGUUGACACUUAGUCUGGCUAACUGGAUGGAGCUUCCUGGUUUGAAGCUGAAGGACUGGAUGAGAGAUAAACGAAGGAAUUUACGUAAUGACCGGGCUACGCCAGCUGAGAUUGCGUCGUACUACCAGCACUACGUGACAAAAAUGGGUCUGGAGAAGAGCUUCGCUUGUGGCACCACCGUAACUUCAGUCUCUCGAGUUUCCCUUAAAUCCGGCCGUUCCAUUUGGAAGAUCCAAGGCCUCCAGAGAAGAGCAAAUGCCGAUGAGGAACAUGAAGUCCCUUUCUCUGUGUACGCCGAGAACGUGGUGCUCGCAACAGGAACACAUGACAUUCCAGCCCGCCUUGGCAUAGAUGGUGAAAACCUUCCCUAUGUGUGCCACAGCUUCUGGGAGCUGGAGGCUGCCAUUUCUUCAGGCCGCUUGGACCGUGCUUCAGAGCCGGUUCUUAUUGUCGGCGCUGGGUUAACUGCGGCAGAUGCUGUUCUCGCAGCUCACCAUUUAAACACACCGGUUUACCAUGCCUUCAGGCGGCCGGUAAGCGAUCCAGCGCUCAUCUUCAACCAGCUACCCAAACUCCUCUACCCAGAGUACCACAAAGUGCAUCAAAUGAUGAGCCAACAGCAACACAAAAAUGGAGAGACUGUAGAAAAUCUGUCAAACCAACUGCUCUCUUCGCCUGCAGACGGCACCAAUUCUUACACCUGCUACCCAGGUUACCUCAGUUUCCCAAAGCACCGAGUGGCAGCCUUCAAACCCGAUGGCAAGUGUGUGCUAGAGGGCGAAGGAGGGCAGCAGACGGUGCUCCAAGUCUCAAUGGCACUCGUUUUGAUUGGUGCCCAUCCAAACCUAUCAUUCCUUCCAGAACACGGUCGCGAUUUGGCAUUGGACUCUGAAGAGCCAAUCAGCUGUCGGCGGAAUCCGAUGGAUGUAGAUCCGUACACGUAUGAGAGCAUAAAGGAGGGAGGGUUGUAUGCUAUGGGUCCAUUAGUGGGUGAAAACUUUGUGCGCUUCCUGAAAGGUGGAGCUUUGGCCAUUGCUUGUGACAUUGCGCGGAAGCAAAGUACAAAACGACAAAGUGCGACAGAAAACUGCAUCACCAGCUUGAUGAACAUUCAGCUGACCAACUGCACCUUGGAAGCAUGAAAAGAUUUUAAUUAUUCUUUGUGGGACUUCCAAAGUUCACAAACUGACUUCUAAAUGUGAUUCUGCUCCAAUGAAUGGUUAAGAAACCAAUCAGCAGUGGUCUGAGACCGUUUCAACAUCCCUCUGCAAGUGCUAACAUGCAGACUUCACAUGCACUGACACAGAUUUGCACUGUUAAUGGCUAACUGACCCACUUUUAUCCAUUAAUCUGUGACUAUGGACACAAGGUGCUUUUAACACUUCAGGGAUUUAACACUACAUGGCUGCUCAUUUAUAACACUACUCAUGUCCUCACGGCAAUCGUGUUAUGUAGUGCCAAAUUACCAUUUGCUGCGUUUUUAAAUGCAUCUUUUUCAUGCAAGCGAAAAACACAGCUAAUCUUUGCCAAGCAAAUGCUGCUGUUGUAUCAAUGCUGGUACUAACACACUUACGGAUUUCUACUUCAAUGAAUGUAAAAAUCUUAGUGGACCUUUUAAACUUUCUGCUUUCCAUACAAUGCCUUUUAAGUAAACCUUGCAACUAUAAUAAAUCUAUUGGCUCUAAUACAGGGGUGUCCAAACUCGGUCCUGGAGGGCCGGUGUCCUGCAGAUUUUAGCUCCAACUUGCCUCAACACACCUGCACGGAUGUUUCUAGAAAGCCUAGUUAGUGCUUUAUUAGCUAGCCCAGGUGUGUCUGAUUGGGGUUGGAACUAAACUUUGCAGGACACCGGCCCUCCAGGACCGAGCUUGGACAUGCCUGCUCUAAUAGAUAAUCGUGAUAGAAUUUGGAAUCUUAACAUUACAAUUCAUUUUAAGAUUUGUAUAGAAUUAGAAAAUGAAUGUAGAGUAAUCAUAAUGGAAUAUAUAUAAAUAAUAUUUUAUGCUACUGUUGCUAAUACGAAGCUAAACCUCAGUGAGGCCAGGCUGCACUUACAAAACUGACCACAAGAGGGCCUUUGCACAUAGUGACUGAACCCAGCAACAUUGCAUCAGAUAUAUCCUUCAUGGCAUUAUUUGAAUGAAUAAUUCAUCCUACAUAAGCUUAUUAACGAUGGGGUUAUUAUCUGGAUGGGCCAAAUGUAACUUUGCCUAUGAGAUUGUGGCCUCAAUGACCCUUUUAUGUCAUAAAUGAACUACUUUUUUAUAAAACAAAAUGUUGGAAGAAUUUUCAUUCAUAUCAGAAGCAUAUCUGGUUCCUUUAAGAAGGUGAUUCCAGAUUAAGCUUUGAGACUAAUUCCACUGUAUUGUUUGCCUAUAAGUUAUGAUCACUGGCAGCUCUGAUUAAACAUGUUAGUAGAAUGGUUUGUACCUUUUUCAAAGCAAACAUGUAAUGUACAGUUUGUCUACACCAUUUCAGUCAAACUUUAUUUAAAGAAUAAAAACAUGAAAACCUG